GUCCCCAUGCAGGCGUCGGUCUUCCAGGACCGCGCCAGCGGCCUGGUGAUUGAGGUGCAGCCCACCACCACCGUCGCUUGCGAGCUGGGUCAGGCCAUGUACGUCCCAGGGCCCACCGCCGAGCACGGCAUGGCGCUGGAGGUCGUGGCCGCGCGCACGGAGCGGGUCGAGGCCAGGCAGGUGCCGAGGAAGGUGGCGGAGAUCCCGCAGAUCGCAGAGGAGAUCAUCCAGGAGAUCCCGGAGGUGCAGACCGUGGAGAUCAUCCAGGAGGUACCCCAGGCGAUCCUGGAGAUAGUGGAGCAGGUCGUGGAGCAGAUCGUGGAGGUGCCGAAGAUCACCGCGCAAGAGUGCGUGCAGAACCUCUCGGUGCGGCAGAUCGCGGACGUGCCCGUCCCGCAGGUUAUUGAGGAGAUCGCCCAUGUGCCCACCGUCGUGGACCAGCACCGCCAUCACCUCCGCGAGGUCGAGGUCCACCUGGACGUCCAGGCCCCCAUGCAGCAGGAGGAGAUCGUGCACGUGCCCAAGGUCGUGCCGCAGAAACGCCUCCUCCAGCAGCCGGUCGAGAUCAUCACGGAGGUGCCUCUCGUGACGGUGGAGGAGGGGAUCGACCAAGUCCCGAGUGUGAUCCAGCAGCCGCGCAUCGUGCACGUCGAAGUGGAACAGAUCGUGGACAUCCACGUGCCGCGUCACCAGGAGGAAAUCAUCCACGUGCCGAAGAUCAUCCAGCAGGAGAGGGGUCUGCCGCAGAACGUCGAUAAAGUCGCGGAGGGGCCUGUCCUGUGCACGCAGGAGGAGCUCGUCCACGUGCCCAAGAUCCUGCAGCAGUCCCGCCACCGCUACAUCGACGGCGAGCAGAGUGUGGACAUCCAGGUGCCCCACGAGCGGGAGGAGAUCAGCCACGUGCCCAAGGUCAUCCCCCAGGAGCGCGUCAACCACCAGCACGUGGAGACCGUCGUGGAGGUGCCCCUCCACAUGACCCAUGAGGAAGUCGUCGUCCAGGUGCCCGCCGUUGUGCACCACACGCGCCACCACCACGUGGAGGUGGAACAGGUCGUCGACGUCCACGUCCCGCACGAGCGCGAGGAGAUCGCGCACGUCCCGAAGGUGCUCCAGCAGGAGAGAAUCCAGAAUCGGAGCGUGGAGCAGGUGGUGGAGGUGCCCGUACCCGUGACCCAGGAGGAGUUCAUCCAGGUGCCGGUCACCGAUAACAUCGCGGACACCGUCGCGUGUGCAGACCGUCGGACCGUCGAGGUGAUCGAGCCGAAGAUUGUCCAGAGGCUUGUGCAACGAAAGACGCCCGUCAUCCAGGAGACUAUCGGGCAGGUUCCCAAGGUGGCGAAGGAGUUGGCGGAGAUCCCCGAGAAGACGAGCCUCGAGGGCGUGCCCGUGGAGUGGAUCCAGAGUGGUGUGCCCGUGGAGGACAUCUUGGACGGUUGGCUCGGCCUGAACAACGGCCCGAAAGCGACCGGGAGGGUGAUCCAGCAGAUGGUCGACGUGACGGUAGAGGUGUCCCUGCCCAUGACACAAGAGGAGAUCGUCCAGGUCCAGACAGUCGUGAACCAUCACCGCCACCACCACGUCAGCGUUGAGCAGAUCGUCGAUGUCCCCGUGGAGCAGGCGCGUGAGGAGAUCGUCCACGUGCAGAAUGUGCUCCAGCAGGAGCGCGUGGUGCACGAGAUGGCGGAGCAAUUCGUCGAGGUGGCCAUCCCGACGACCGGGGAGGAGAUCGUCCACGUGCCCAAGGUGCCGACCCCGAUGGCCCAGGAGGAGAUCGUCGGGGUGCCGACCGUCGUGAACCACCACCGACACCAUCACGUGGAGGCGGAGCAGAUCGUCGACAUCCGCGUGCCCCACCAGCGCGAGGACGUCGAGGCUGCAGCCUCCAUGACGCAGGAGGAGGGGGUCCACGUGCCCAAGGUGAUCCGGCAGAAGAGGAUCAUCCACCAGCAGGUCUGGCAGGAGAUGCAGGUGCCAGUCCCGAUGACCCAGGAGGAGAUCGUGCACGCGCCGACGGUAGUGCAGCAGGAGCGCCUGCACCACGAGCACGUGGACCAGAUCGUCGACGUACUGAUAGAGCAGCAGGUGGAGGAGAUCGUGCACGUGCCCGUGACCCAGACCCAGGAAAAGAUCGUCCAGAACCCAGUGGAGCUCACCGUGGAGGUGCCACACCCGCAAGUCAUAAAGAAGACGAUCGGGAUCCCCAAGAUCCAGACCGAGGAGAAGGUCAACAGUCUGCAGACCAGGGAGGUGGUGCAGCCGGAGAUCAUCCAGACCAUCGUGCAGAGGAAGAAGCCCAUCGUCCAGGAGCAGGUCAAGCGGGGGCCCAAGAUCAUGCGCGAGUUGGAGAAGAUAGCGGAGGCGCCCCAGAUCGAGCAUGUCGACCACCACGUGCACGUCCCGGUGCAAAAGCACCGCCAUGUACCCAUGGUCAGCACCGUGCAAAAGCACGUGGACGUGCCGCAGAUGGAGAUAAUCGAGGAGGUCGUCGAGGCGCCAGUCCAGAAGCAGGUGCAGGUGCCCCAGAUCACCGUGGUUCAGAAGACAGUGGAGGUUCCCCAGAUCGAGUACGUGGACCACCACAUCCACAUACUGGUGCAGAAGCAGCGCCACUUGCCCAUGGUCCCCACGCUCCAGAAGCACGUGGACGUGCCGCAGGUCGAGAUCAUCGACAAAAGCGUGGAGGCACAAGUGCAAAAGCACGUUCAUGCGCCGAUGAUCACCAAGGUGCAGAAGCACGUGGGUGUCCCGCAUGCGGAGAUCAUCGAGAGGGUCGUAGAGGUGCCCGUGCAGAGGCAGGUGCCCGUGCCAGUGGCGUCCAAGGUGCAGAAGCACGUGGACGUGCCGCAGGUAAAGUACCAGGACGAUAUCGUGGAGGUCCCCGUGGAGCGACGGGUCCAGGUCCCCAUGGUCUGCGUCGUGCAGAAGACGGUGGAGGUGCCCCAGGUGGAGUACGUCGACCACCACGGUCACGUGCCCGUGCAGAAGCACAGGCACGUGGCGAAGGUCUGCGUGGCCCAGAAGUUCGUGGACGUCCCCCAGGUGGAGGUCGUAGACAGGGUCGUGGAUGUGCCCGUCCAGAAGCACGUGCAGGCGCCGAUGGUCACCACGGUGCAGAAGCAGCCGGACGUGCCCCAGCGCCCUGAUGGCAUCCUGUGCUCCGUCGGCGGCCAGACGGCGCUCAACUGCGGCGAGGAGGGCGUGCUGUCCAUGUACGGCGUGCGGUGGAUCACUGCGGCCGCGGAGGUCGCGGCGACGGUCGGCUGCCCGGUGCUGGCCCGGGCCGCCUUCGCCCUCGGGGGCCUCGGCAGCGGCGUCGCGGCGGACGAGGGCGAGCUGCGGCGCCUGGCGCAGGCGGCCCUGGCGAACAGCUCACAGGUCAUCGCUGACAAGAGCUUGAAGGGCUGGAAGGAGCUCGAGUACGAUGUUGUGCGCGACGCGAACAACAACGGCAUCACGGUAUGCAAUAUGAAGAACUUCGACUCGAUGGGCGUCCACACAGACGACUCGAUCGUCAUCGCCCCCUCGCAGACGCUCACGAAUGCCGAGCACUUCCGGCUGCGUGAGGGCGCCUUGAAGGUGAUGCGCCACCUGGGCGCAGUGGGGGAGUGCAACAUCCAGCACGCGGUGGACCCGCACAGCCAAGAGGUCCGCAUCGUCGAGGCCAACGCGCGCCUGUCGCGGAGCAGCGCGCUGGCAUCGAAGGCCACCGGGUACCCGCUCGCAUACGUCGCCGCGAAGUUGGCGCUGGGCGGCGACCUGGACCUGCGCAAGAGCGUCACCAGGUGCACCGCAGCCUGCCUUGAGCCGAGCCUCGACUACGUCGUGGCGAAGGUCCCUUGCUGGGACCUGCGCAAAUUCUCGACGGUGGACCCGGAG